AUGAACACUACGACGCAGGAGGAUAAACGGACUCGCACGGAGAGGGUACAGGUAUGGAACGCCGAGCAGCGCGUGGCGGCGAUACGGGCCGGACACGUGGAUCGACCAUUGCUGGAAGCACUAAGCGAUGGCGUCACGGAGCAGGAACGACGCACGGAGCGGGAACGCAGGACACCACGCGGCGGCGAUACGGGCCGAACGCGUGGAUCGGCCAUUGCUGGAAGCACUACACGAGCACUAAGCGAUGGCGGCACGGAGCAGGAACGACGCACGGAGCGGGAACGCAGGACACCACGCGGCGGCAAUACGGGCCGAACGCGUGGAUCGGCCAUUGCUGGAAGCACUACGCGAGCACUAAGCGAUGGCGGCACGGAGCAGGAACGAAGCACGGAGCGGGAACGAAGCACGGAGCAGGAACGAAGCACGGAGCGGGAACGCAGGACACCACGCGACGGCAAUACGGGCCAAACGCGUGGAUCGGCCAUUGCUGGAAGCACUACGCGAGCACUAAGCGAUGGCGGCACGGAGCAGGAACGACGCACGGAGCGGGAGCGCAGGACACCACGCGGCGGCGAUACGGGCCGAACGCGUGGAUCGGCCGUUGCUGGAAGCACUACACGAGCACUAAGCGAUGGCGGCACGGAGCAGGAACGACGCACGGAGCGGGAACGCAGGACACCACGCGGCGGCAAUGUGGGCCAAACGCGUGGAUCGGCCAUUGCUGGAAGCACUACGCGAGCACUAAGCGAUGGCGGCACGGAGCAGGAACGACGCACGGAGCGGGAACGAAGCACGGAGCGGCAACGCAGGACACCACGCGGCGGCAAUACGGGCCGAACGCGUGGAUCGGCCAUCGCGGUAAGUACGGCACUAGCACUUGUCGAUGGCGGCACGGAGCAGGAACGAAGCACGGAGCGGGAACGAAGCACGGAACGGUGA